ACCUUGUCCUUUCUGUCACUUCCAUGCCCCCACUUCGCAAAUGGCUCACUCAUACUGAAGGUGUAUUUGUUUUGCCAGGACCGUCGGUAUGCUGAUCUGUCUGAGAAUGAUCUUCCCUCUUGUGAGAGUUUGAAGGAUACGAUUGCCCGUGCCCUGCCGUUCUGGGAUGAGGAGAUUGUGCCGCAGAUUAAAGCUGGGAAACGGGUCCUGAUUGCAGCUCAUGGUAACAGCCUGAGGGGGAUUGUCAAACAUCUGGAAGGCAUGUCUGAGGAAGCUAUCAUGGAACUGAACCUCCCAACGGGAAUCCCCAUCAUGUAUGAGCUCGACUUGAACCUGAAGCCAGUGAAACCCAUGCAGUUCCUGGGAGAUGAGGAGACAGUGAAGGCAGCAAUGGCUGCUGUGGCUGCUCAGGGCAAAGCCAAGAAAUGAACAGUGGCACUGAGGAAGGAUGCAAACAAGUAGAAGAGCAGAAGAAUUCCAUGAUAUAAUAUCUUAAGGGAAAAACUGUAUAUGUAUGCAUUAGGUGAAACUGUGACAACACAUACUCAGUUAUCAUUGGAGAGGAUUUGUACUUCCUAUCAUGCUUAUUGAACACACUUGCUUUGCACCUCCCCUUCACCAAUUUUUCACUCUUUCCCACACCCCCUUUUCCUUAUCCUCUCUUGCCUGUAGUGACUUGUGUUGUCGGUUUUGGCUUCUAAGAGCUAUUGUGCAUUACGCAGUCUUCAUUGUGAGUGUGAACUGUAGAGUAUUAUGUUGCUCCUCCGUGAAAAAAUGUAUUUCAGUUCAUAUCCGGGAUUGCAGCUGAUUUAAUUGACAUAGAGUCCUCUUUCGUACAUUGGUCAGAUUACAGAGCCAUCAUAGUUCUUAAUUAACUCUCAGCUCAAUCUCAAAAGUGAUAGCAUUGUGCCCUCCUCAGUCCAGUCCCCAAUGUCCUUAUCGGUAAAAUACUUUCAGUGCCACUGAACAGACAAUGGCAUGGCGUUAAAGAAUUCUAUUCGUCAAACUGUCCCUGACUAGUAUGAUCAAGUGGAGUGAGUUCACCACAUUAACACUCCGUGGGAAUACCAACGAGUGAGUAAAUGAAUAUCCUGGAAGAAGUCGGGCAAGUCACAUAUUUAAGGUAUAGUUGUCAGUUUUUAAAUAGUGGAUCAUGAAUUGGACAGAUUUAGGUAAAGAAUGAAUUAAUGAGGUGACAGAUAUUUUACUGGUGCCUCACAUGAUGGGCUGAGUGGCCAUCUCUAUAAUCACAACCAAAGACCAAUUGCAAGUACCUCAAUAAAUCAAUCCUUGAGCAAAACAUGCAGCUGUUCAAUUCAGCCUGUAUCCUGAGUAUUUUUGAUUUGACAAAGAGCUAAGAAUGGUGUUAGGUUGUGUUUCCAAUACCUGAGAAGUGCUGUCCUCUGUCACUGUUACAUUCUCCAGUCUUUUCACCACCCACCUCUUUGUGUCUGCUUUGCUGCUUGAGGGUGGUGCUGAUUAUUACAGUAAGGAGCUGACAAGAUCCCACAUGUGACCUGAAGGCCAUUGUAUGCCCAUUUGUGCAUUGCAAACCUUCCUGUGAAUAAAUGUAGCUUUGAGGACA